AUGUACAUAUUUCAUGCCUUCACCUCCCUUCCUGCCCCCCCCCUUAACCAGGGACGACGAGGACCGCCCGGUCACAUCGGCUGGAAAGGCUCUCCCGGCCUACCAGGACUGUUGCGCAUCGCCUACGAGAAGGUGCUGCCCGGAGACCCAGGCUACCCAGGACGACCGGGCGGAAUGGGUGACCGAGGAAUGCCGGGCGACAAUGGCAGCGCCAGCGCCAAGGGUUUCCCGGGCAAAAAGGGGGAUCCGGCAAGUCGCAUGCACCCAUUGACACACCCUCUCCUCUCCUUUUCCUCCCACCAACCUCGAGCAUGCCUUGUCCCAUGUCGCAUAGACCCUGUCAGCAACCGCUGCCGAGACCAUGAGCAAGUCGGUAGAGGGACUCGGCUUUCUCGAGGCUUCAAGCCUGGCCGCUGA